AUGGGGCCCCCAGGCAAUAGGGGAUCAUGGGACCCCUGUGUCCUUGCCCAAACUCAAAAAAGCCUAUGAAAAUGGUACCGGGGCAUCUCAUGGGGCCCCCUACAGACCCCGGGCCCUCGAGUUUCCAAAUGCGGCAUCAAAGACACAGAGUCCAGUUACAGGUAAACUCAGGACCAGGGGCGGACUGACAACUCAUGGGGCCCACGGGCAAUAGGGGAUCAUGGGGCCCCUGUGUCCUUGCCCAAACUCAAAAAAGCCUAUGAAAUAGGUACCAGGGGCAUCUCAUGGGGCCCCCUACUGACCCCGGGCCCUCGGGCACUGCCCGAGUUUCCAAAUGGUCAGUCCGCCCCUGCUCAGGACUUGUAUUGCACAGAAUGCCAACUACAAAUAACCCC